GGCGCUCCGCGAUUGGCUGCGCGCCGUGAGGCGGCCGGGGACCGUUGGAGCGGGGACGCCGAGGCGGAGCGGCGGCGGCUGCGGCCCGGGCGGAGCGGGGAGGCCAUCCCGGUUGAGGUGCGUGGCCUCGGCGGGGCUGCGGGCAUCUGUGGGGAGCUCCGGAUUCUCCGUCGGGGUCGGGCUGCGCAAUUAGCGGCGGGCGGAAUUGGAGCGGGAGGAGCUCGCGGCGCUCGGAGCUGAGGGAUGGGGAGGGCGGUGCGGUGCGGUGCGGUGCUUCCCCGCUGGUAAACGCGUCUCGUCCCGCGGUCGGUGCCGGGUUGGGGUGGGAGCGCCCGGCCGUGACAUCGGCAGCCCUUCCGCGUAGCGUUUCGGAGCCUCCCUCUUCUCCUGCACCAAGAAGUCGUCCUUCGAUGUUGGCAGAGUUUGCUGAGGCGGGCGCUGCCCUGCGAGGCUCCGUGUGCCAUCCAGAAUGAUUGAGGAGAGUGGGAAGAGGAGGAGGACAAUGGCGGAGAAGAGACAGCUGUUCAUGGAAAUGAGGGCCCAGAACUUUGAUGUCAUCAGACUUUCAACGUAUCGAACAGCCUGUAAGCUGCGCUUUGUGCAGAAACGAUGUAACCUUCAUCUUGUUGAUAUCUGGAAUAUGAUUGAAGCCUUCCGAGAUAAUGGCCUUAACACUUUGGAUCAUAACACAGAGAUCAACGUGUCUCGACUAGAAACAAUCAUUUCAUCCAUCUACUACCAGCUCAACAAACGCCUUCCUUCUACUCACCAAAUCAGCGUAGAGCAGUCCAUCAGCCUUCUCCUCAACUUCAUGAUAGCAGCAUAUGACAGUGAGGGCCAUGGGAAGCUGACAGUGUUUUCAGUGAAAGCAAUGUUAGCAACAAUGUGUGGUGGCAAAAUACUGGACAAACUAAGAUAUAUUUUCUCUCAAAUAUCAGAUUCAAACGGACUAAUGAUAUUCUCCAAGUUUGAUCAGUUUUUGAAAGAAGUUCUGAAACUUCCAACUGCUGUGUUUGAGGGACCUUCUUUUGGAUACACAGAGCAUUCUGUACGGACGUGCUUCCCACAACAAAAAAAGAUCACGCUAAACAUGUUUUUAGACACAUUGAUGGCUGAUCCACCUCCUCAGUGCCUUGUGUGGCUGCCUCUCAUGCACAGACUUGCCCAUGUUGAAAAUGUCUUCCAUCCUGUGGAGUGUUCCUAUUGCCGGUGUGAGAGCAUGAUGGGGUUCCGAUAUCGGUGCCAACAGUGCCACAACUACCAGCUCUGCCAAAACUGCUUUUGGCGUGGCCAUGCCAGUGGGCCUCACAGCAACCAGCACCAGAUGAAGGAGCAUUCCUCUUGGAAAUCGCCUGCGAAGAAGCUGAGCCAUGCAAUCAGUAAAUCACUUGGCUGUGUACCAAGCAGAGAACCACCUCGUCCCGUGUUUCCUGAGCAGCCAGAGAAGCCACUUGAUCUUGCACAUAUAGUUCCCCCUCGACCUCUGACUAACAUGAAUGACGCCAUGGUGACCCACAUGUCCUCUGGAGCACCAACACCAACAAAGAGGUUGCAGUGCAAGGCGGACGCUGCUGGCCGAUUGGCUGAUGAGCAUGCACUGAUUGCAACCUAUGUGAGCCGGCUGCAGCACGGGGCACGUGUGCUGGACAGCCCAGGCCGGCUGGACGAGGAGCACCGCCUGAUCGCCCGCUACGCAGCCAGGCUGGCCGCUGAGGCCAGCAACACGCCUCGCCCACCCACAGACCUGGGUUUUAACUUCGAUGCCAACAAACAGCAAAGACAGCUGAUAGCAGAGCUGGAAAACAAAAACAGAGAGAUACUGCAGGAAAUCCAGCGGCUGAGACUGGAGCACGAGCAAGCAUCACAGCCCACACCAGAGAAAGCCCAGCAGAACCCAACGCUACUGGCUGAGCUCCGGCUCCUACGGCAGAGAAAGGAUGAGCUGGAACAGAGGAUGUCUGCACUUCAAGAAAGCAGAAGAGAACUGAUGGUGCAGCUCGAAGGGCUGAUGAAGCUACUCAAAGAAGAAGAGCAAAAACAGGCAGCACAAGCAGCGGGCUCGGCGCACUCGUCACCCACCCACGGAGCCGGCCGCCCGCUGCCCAUGCCCGUCAGAUCCACCUCCGCCGGCUCCACACCAACACACGGCCCCCAGGACAUCGGGGACAUGCAAGAAGCUUUCACACAAGGUACAAGGAGGAACCUGCGCAACGACCUGCUGGUGGCCGCCGACUCCAUCACCAACACAAUGUCGUCGCUGGUGAAGGAGCUGCACUCAGCAGAGGAAGAAGAUGAAGAAGAAAUGGAAAAAAUGCAGAACGGAAAGGAUCGAGGUUAGAUGGACAACCACAGGCUGUACAGCAAUUCAGGUGAGCCUGGACAUUUCUCUGCCAACCUUCUGCCUUUCUCCUUCCUUUUCUUCUUCUGUACAAGAGGAGCAUUUCCCUCCCACCACUCCACACCUAUUCCAAAGGAUGCUGGGUUUUCCCAGUUAUGACCUAAUUCAGCUCCUGCUACAGACAGUGGGAAAACAUCAUUAACUUCAGUGAAAGCAGAAUUACCGCUGUUAUCUCUUCUUUUAUUAGCAUUACUUUUACACUGAGAGGCCUCCGCCAGGAAAUCGGAGUCUAUUGCGACGGACGCUAUCCAGAUGUACUAAAAAUACAAUCUCUACCCUCAAAGAGCCGGCACUUUGCGUUAUAAUAAGGCACAGCAGAUGGACAGACAAACAGGUGCUGGGGAGCAUGAGACAGUGUCGGCAGAGAAAGGCUGAGCCCCGCGCUCACAAUGCCUCCGAGGCACCUGGGGCAGAUCCCUAUCAUCUCCCCACUGAGAAACGUAGGAGGGCACCGGGUUGGGUUUCCACGCCGCAUAGUAUUUGCCUGAUGCACAGUGCUGAUCUCUGAGCACUGGCGGUGGGAAGAAGGAGGGUUCCUGCAGCCAAAACACGCAGCGUGGGCACACACGUGGGUUCACAGAGGUCAGUGGGGAUCCCAUUACUGGGUCUUCUUCCACUGUGCUGGAAGCUUGUACGUUGCUUGGAACCCAAAGAACAGAACAAGGAUCCCACCUUCACAUUGUCCAUUGGGAUCCAGCCCAUGUUGGCCAAAUAGAAUUAGGUGCAACCGCUGCAAAACACGAUUCUGCAUGAUAAAACUGGCACCGUUGCGCUCUGAAGGUAAUUUGCAAAGCAGAAAAACAAAGCUUUUGCCCUUUCUGCCUCCCUGCCAUUUUAGUAAUGGAUAGAGAUAACCUGAAAGCAGCUUCAGAGUUCCUCUGAUAGUUUUUACAUUAGAAAUUCAAGUCCUGUCUCGGCUGGGAAACAAUCUGGUAACUGAAGAAGGAGCGAAAUGAUGCCAUUAGAGGAGACGUUGGCAGCACAGAGCUCUUUGUGCUGUCUGUGCGUGGCAGUCCCUUUGUGCCCCUUGGACUCUAAUGGCUGCGCUGCACUUUACUGUAUGGGGGGCAGCUGGGACAUGGCUGUCCCUUGCCACGGAACAGGGGCUGAAGCACCAGGGGUGGUGCUGAGAAGCACAAAAUGGAGAAAAGUGAAAUAAUAAAGGCAAGAAAGUAUUUCAGGGCUUCGUUAUCCUCCAGAAAGAGUCAGAAAGAGUCCAGAAAGAAGGGACGAAGAAUGGGGGGGACGUUGGAACUGGACGGUCUUUAGGGACCCUUCCAACCCAAACCAACCCAAGCCACUCUAUGAUUCUGGGUGUUCUUUGGGGUCCUUCUAACCCAAACCACUCUAUGGAUGUUCUUUAGGGUCCCUCCAACCCAAACUAUUCUGUGGGUGUUCUUUAGCGUCCCUCCAACCCAAAUCACUCUAUGGGUGUCCUUGAGGGUCCAAGCCAGUCUAUGACUCUGUGAUUCCACGGUUCGAUGCCAAUGGGCUCAGUGUCUGUUUCCUAUGGUGCAGGUGCAGGGGCUCUCAGUGAGCUCGUGCCCCGAAGACGUCCCCGCGCCGCUGGGAGAGGCACGUUCCAGCUGACCCAUCACCAUCGCGCGGCUGUGACCGACGUUGACCUCCCACCGGCGCCGGCGUUCUCCCAACUGACCGAGGGCUUUCCCCAUGGGCAUUUGCCUCUUAGGCCAUUGCAUGUACUGCUAUCCUCAAUGUGUUUACUAACGAUAAUCAGACAGUGCCCCAUCGAACUCUGCCAUUUGCGGGAGGUCCAAGAAAAAGGCAAUACUCCCCGCUCCCGCUACGCGUUCCGAUCUGUUGGAUUUCCCACCCAACAGCAUCACCAUCACCAUCUCACGCUGGCUGUUUCCUCUUGGCUCCUGCCCUUUGCUGUGCAUGACAAAAAUGAGGUUUGCUCCACUGGGGACUCUUUGCUUGUAAAGCAGGGGGGACUCUGAGUGCGGACCCUUUAGACCCACCUAGAAGCACUGCUCCGCUGUCAGGUUGCUAUUGUAUUGCAUAUUGCAUUGUCCUCCGUAAGUGAUGGCGUGUUGGGGAGAAACGAGCAGUUGGAGGGCCCCGGACCAGUGCCUCUUCUUUAAACUGUUACCAAAUGUCCCCUUCCAGGCAGGGAAUUUGGGGAUGAGCAGCUCUGGGUUGGCAUCAGCGUCUCUGUGUUCAUUCUCGAGAGCCGAGUUGGGUUUUGUGUAAAAUUAAGAGAAAGAGUUAAAUUAAGAGGAAGAGUUGUGUAGUCUGAGGCUGGGAGCUCACCGCCGUCUGGGUGCUUAGGAAACAUCGCAAUCAGUUCCAAUCACACCAUUUCGGGGUUUUUUUUUUUCCCCUCGGUGCUUUGGAAUGUUAUUUUUAGUGGAAGGAGCUGAGUGCCCUAAUGCAGCCAUAAAUAUUUAUCAGGGGUGAUGAAUGGGAAGGAGCGAUAAAGCCCGAAGCCAACGGCAGCCAAUGCACCACGGAGAGCGCUCGUUGGGUACCUGCAGCCCUUUGGGAGAGCAGAAAUAAACAGACGUGGUGGCCACAGCCUGAGCCAAGUGUAAAUAUUGUGAGCGAGCUGUCAGGGAGGGGAGAGGAGUGAUGAGAACCCGACUCAGCACGUGCACGGCGCGUGAAACGCAGAUCCACAGGGCGCCCUCAUGACUACUCUUUUUUUUUUGUAUUAUUGCUCACUCCAUGACUUCCCCUUCUUGCUCUGGGGGACAUGGGUCAGUGGGCACGGUGGGGUGGGGUUGGGGUUGGAUUUGGUGACCUUUGAGGUCUUUUCCAACUGGAAUGAUUCUAUGAUUCUGUUUAGGGAUGUGGUUAGCGGGCACGGUGGCGAUGGGUUGGCAGCUGGACACAGUGAUGGUGGAGGUCUUUCCCAACCGGAAUGAUCCUGUGGCUCUGUAGGCAGCCGUGGUGGUGCUGGGUUGACAGUUGGACGUGAUGACUCAGCUUUUACAACCUUUCUCCAUGUUGGGAAGCAAACCCUACAGCUUGCUUGUGCUUAACUGGGAACAUUGCAAACCUUCUGCUUGCCUUCACAAUCACCGCCUUAACCCCUGCAGGAAGAACACUGCAGACCGUGCUUUCCCCAAGCUGAGAGCUGUGCCAUCAUGGCUCCAGCACGUGUGCGUCUUUCCUUUCAAGUUUGGGGUUCAUUUCUUGUGCACACCAUGGGGUUUGGUGGCUCGAUCGGUACCAGUGCCCGGAGCGCAUGGUGGGGAGAUGGGAGUGCCAUUGGUAGGAACCUGUGAACUGGAAGCCAUGUUCUGUCAUCUGCCAAACACUGAAUAAAUUCAUCUCAUCCCUA